CAUGGAGCAACGACUGAAGACACAGUCGUGAAUCCAAACGGCAAACCAAGCAGAGAGCCGCCAAGGGUGACAGUCACAGACAACGAUCUCAUCCCUUCCUCUUUGAGAUCAACACGAAGCAAAGCAAAACGAAGCAAGACGCUACUGUACCGUACAGCCAUGACAAGCGAAGCAAAACGCGAAAUGGUCUUGCUCCGAUCUGCCGAGGGCUCGGAAUUUUUCUUGCCGAUUGAAGCGGCCGAAGUGGCGGAACUGGUGCGAGAUUCGUUGGAUGAGAAUGAAGACGACGACGACGACGACCAACGCAAUAAGGAACAACGAGAAGUCGAUGUCAUUCGAGUCUCGUGCGAUUGUUUGGCCAAAGUGGUCGAUUUCCUCAAACAUCACGAUGAAGAACCCAUGACGGAAAUUCCAACGCCGUUGGGAGGAAAUUCGUUUGAGGAGGUCAUGCCCCAACAAUGGUACCAAAACUUUGUGGCAGAUGACAAUAUGAGUCAAGAAAUGCUGUUUGAACUCUUGACAGCAGCCAAUUACAUGGGGAUCAAGCCUCUCUUGGACUUGGCAUGCCUCAAAGUGACAUUUCAAUUGAAUGGAAAAUCCGCCGAAGAAAUUCGACUCAUCCUCAAUCUACCGGAACUCACACCGGAAGAAGAACGGUUGGCACGAGAAGAACAUCGCUGGAUUUUUGAAGACAAUUAUCCGUAAGAUAGGUACAGUACCGCAUAGACAGAACAACGACAACAUCGGUGACAACAAUGGAUAAAGCAAAAUAAAACGAAAUGACAAUACACUGACUAAGGAGCAGGAGGGUUCUACGACCUAAGACAGGUUUUGGUCUUGAAGCAAAACCCCGGUUUUGUGCUUGCUUCUGCUUCUUGGGUUCCCCGUUUUUGGGAAAUUUGAAAAAUGAUGGUGCACCAUUUUGCAGAUCCUAACUAGCCAAUGAUGCAACGUCCCUCCUAAUAAAAUUCCUCCCAACUAAGAUCGAUGGCGGGUCAUCUUCAGCACCGCG